AUAACUCAAAAACGGAUCACUAAUGUUUUGAUUUUCAAUGCCCAUGCCGUGCAACUAGACAUCAGUGCAUGUAACGAACUUAAGUGUCUUUUCGUUUAGUUAUUAUAUAGAUUUUUUAAUAUUAUCUAUAACAAAAAAGCACUAAUUGAUUGGAUGUUAAGAAAACUAUAUUGGUGAUGUCUAAUUACAAAGUGGGUGAUCUUGCUUCGUUAAUGUCUCCGAAGAAGACAACGACUGAAAGCAAACUACAGUCUUUGUUCAAUGAGCAUUGGAACAAGAGGCAGAUUCCAAUUGCAUUGAAAAAUGCUAAGAACACUAAAAAUCAACAGAAGAGCUCAAAAUGUGAUAUUGAAAGUAACACUGUUAAGAAGAAUAAGAGGAAAAAAGCAUCUGAUAGUUUGUCAUCUGAAGGUCCCCUACAGGAGGAAAUGAAGACUGAUUUUAACUCUGACUUCUUACCUCUUCCAAGUAAAAAGAAACAGAAGAAAGAAAAGAAACGUAAGCUUAAUUUUUCAGAAGAUUUGGUUGUAGAAAAAAGCGAGCAGGAUGCUGACCAUUCCGAAAACGUUAAGUCCUUCAUACGAUGUGCUAAAAACAAAAGACAAAAACCUGCUGGGAAUAGUGUCGAUACGAGUAGUGUCAAACCAGUUAGGGAGAACCUUUUCAAUGAGUUUCCUGAAAGUGAGGAUACUUCUAAUAAUCAAAUAAAAAAACAGAAAUCCAAAAAGAAAAAAAAGAUACCCAAUCAAAGUGAACCAUUAUCGAUGGAUUCUGAAGAAGAAGAAACUAGUCAGGCUGUUGUAAAUAAAGUGGAUGUAGAAAAAAUCAGGCAAGAAAGCAUUCAGGAUUUGCCAUGUACACUAUUUGUUGGGAAUUUGCCAGUAUCUGUUAAUAGAAAAAUGCUGCAUAAAUUGUUUACUUCAUUUGGUCAAAUAAAAAGUGUUCGCAUGCGAGGUGCUGUUUCAACUAAAAUGGGUAUACCGAAAAAAGUUGCUGAAAUUAAGAGUGAAUAUCACAAAGGUCUGCAGAGCCAUACUGGAUUUGUUGUUUUUAAGGAUAAGGAAUCAGCUAAGAAUGCUUUAUCUUUAAAUGGAACAUUAAUUGAUGAUCAUCACAUUCUUGUUGAUUUUGCGAAUCAACCUGGCGAAAAGAAGUUAUACAAUAAUGAAUUGUCCGUUUUUCUUGGUAAUUUACCAUUUGAUGUGGCUGAUGAAACAGUCAGGUCAGCUUUUGAAGAAUGUGGCGAAAUUCAAGCUGUAAGAAUUGUUCGAGAUAAAAACACUGGUGUUGGCAAAGGGUUUGGCUACAUCCAAUUCCAGAAAAUAAAAGCAAAGGAAAAAGCCCUCACUUUAGAUGAUGUGGAAAUAAACAGCAGAAAAAUAAGAGUCAAGCCUGUUGACAAUAAUCCUGGGGGGAAAACAGGACCUAAAAAAACAGUGAUGGCUAUCAGAAGUAAUAUGGCUAUGAAACGAACUAAACAAGCUGGUAGUAAGAAAUCUGUUAAGAAACUUCUAAAAAAAGGAAAACAUGUUCACCAGAAGAAGAAAAUAGCUCGUUUGUUUGGUGAAAAAUUUGUAAAAUGAUUAACUACCUCGAUUGAAAUCAACAUUUUGUACAAUUAAACAUUUUUUCAAAUGA